AUGACAGACAAGCCUAAUAAAGCUAUUAACAACAACAACAAGUCUUCUGUGUCUACUGACAAUAAAAGAAAGCUCGAGCUUAUUCAGUUGGAAACUCGAUAUAGAUCCACGUAUCAGCUUGUCAAAGAUAAUGAACAGGAAACAGUAGUCAGAAUAGCGAUUAAACCCACCGAUCCUGAUUUCCCAUAUGAACUUGAUGCACUUCAAGUACAACUUCAUAUACCCAAUACUUACCCUGAAGCUCCAUGCAAAAUUCAGGUACUCAAUAAUGAUAUUCCAAGAGGCUUUGCAUUCAAUCUCGAAAAGGGAUACGCUGCUCACGUAGACAAUAUGAACACACAUCAAACAUUGGUUCGACAGAUGAACUGGCUUGAUAGAAAUAUGGAAACAUUAUUGCAGCAGGCGCCUGCCCCUACUGUUCGUUUUGUAUCGCAUUCACCAAAACCUACCGCAGCACCAGCGACAACCGAACCGCAGCAGGAUCAACGGCGACACCAUCUAGAUACAACAAAGCCUAUUAUUCACCAAUCAGCUUCAUCGAAUCCUAGAUCCUAUUCGCCACCUAAACAAGUAUCUGUCAGCAAGUCAAAUACAACCAGUGCUGCGGCAUCAAGUCAUUCUGAAGUUGCUCAUACAGAAGAAGAUAUAUACGCACCAAAAGAAAAGGCUGCUGCGGAUGAAAGACGUAAAAGGGAGAUCCAACAACUUCGAACAAGAUUUGCUGAUAGCUUCAAAUCCACAAAGAGUAAUACUGUGAUCCAUUUAACAUUGAACAUCAAUGAUCCAGAAUUUUCACAUGAACAGCAUUUGGGUGGGACUCAACUGUAUAUCAAAUAUCAUAUACCAAGGCUUUACCCACUUCAGCCUUGUUCAAUUGAGGUAGAAAAUAGGAACCUGGAUGCUACUCGAAAAAGCUGGAUCGAAGGAGGCUUCAACAUGCAUGUUGUUCAAAGUAGAGACAGUUUAUUUGAAAACCUUAAUUGGUUGAACCGUUAUCUAGAACAGUUGAUCUCUGGAGAACAACGAACUCAGACGAGGGAAGAACAAGAGGCUGCUCAAAUGGCAGAUGCUCAAAAGAUGCAACACAAGCCUCCGACACAAGAGCAGAAAAAAUCAAUGCUUUCUGCUUCUGCGCCAGUUUUUGUUCCACAGGUGCAAAAGAAGAAAAAGACAUCAUUGUUUGAUGAAGAAGAUCAGAAACAAAGCAGGGUCGUUAUCGUAAAUGACCCAGCUUUUGUUGUAGAUGAAGAGGACGAAGCCGAUGAUGGCAAUGAUAGUACGACAGAUGAAAGUGAAGAAAAUGAGGAGGAAGAGAUAAGUGGUUCAGAAGACGAGACCAAAAAGGAUGCGUUGACUGGAUUAGCUCAACCACCAAAAGUGAAAAGAGGAACAGAGAUUCGAUUAAUAGAUCCAGUACUUGAUAACGUAUCACUGUUUCGAUGUAAUGUGCUUCAUUUAGUUGUCAAAUGCGCGCGCUGUAAGGAUACAACAGCAGUCGAAAACAUUAAACCAGAUCAGGACGAAGAAGGAAACAGCAGUGGUAAAAUAAAAACAGAGCGUUGGAUUUCAUGUCCCACCUGUAACUCAAUCAUGGGCAUCAAGUUCUACUCUGAGCUUAUUCACCAAGGCAUGAAAUCACUAGGCUUGCUACAGUUGGCUGGAUGCUCAGCAUACGACGUAUUGCCCUCUUCCUAUAUUGGUACUUGCAGUCACUGUAUGACAGAUAUGGCAUCUCCUAUUCGACUUUCGCCCCAUGACACGCCACACACAGUAGGAUGCUUCUCGUGCCACAGCAAGAUGACGUUUGGAUUAGGAGAAUAUAAAUUUGUAAAGUUGGGAUCAGAAGGAGGAGAACGAUUACAGGCAGAUGAGUCACAAGUAUUGAAAUUAAAAAAGAAGAAGAAGAAGCAGGAUGCAUUGACCAUUGGCGAGCCUUUACCCGAUCAAGGCACAUGCUCACAUUACCGUAAAUCUAAACGAUGGUUCCGUUUCCCAUGCUGUCAUAAAUUAUACCCUUGUGAUGUCUGUCAUGAUACAAAUGAAGAUCAUCCUUAUGAACUGGCCAAGAGACAUGUCUGUGGAUUGUGUUCAAGAGAGCAAGUUAUUGUUAAUGGUAAACCGUGUAACUGUGGUCAUGAAUUUGAAAAGGCAACGCACAAAGGCGCAUUCUGGGAAGGCGGCAAAGGAGUUAGAAACAAGGAAAUUAUGAGUAGAAAGGACCCUCAUAAGCAUAAGGGUAUUGGCAAAACAGUUUCAAAGAAGCAAGAAAGAGUAGGCAUUGCUGGUAAAGAACGCCAUAGGGCAGAAUAA